AUGGCCCAGAUAGCUGCAGGCAUGAGAGACAUAGCAGCUCAGAAUAUGGCGAUGCGGGAACUUCUCAUGCAAGCUCAGGGACACCAGAUGCCCCAAGGAUCGCAUCCGGUACGAGAAAUCCCUUUGUCUCAUUCUCGAGGCCACACGAGCCGGCACACCGAAUGUCCUCUCGAAAGAGAGGGUAACACCGAAGCGACAUCUUAUAUGCAGGAGAGCCACCCAUCAGAACCACCCUUGGGGGACAACUUUCCUCAACAUAAUGACCAGACGUCAGUAAGCGUCUUCGAUCGGAUAGGGAACGAUCCUAGCAAUAGGAUCCGCCCUUCAAGAGGGUCGGCCCGGUCAGACAAUGAAGAGGAGUAUGUCCCUCCUCCUAGAAACAGGAAGGAGAGGAGAAACUUAGUCGAUUGGGGUAGCCGGGGGAAAGCACCUCCUCCAUCCCAAGACGUCCAAGAUGACCAAGGAUCAGAGGGGCCCUGCCGAUCUUACGAGAUUGACGACGAUGACGAUAACCUCCCUUUCUCAAGGGAAAUCCGAAGCUUCCCAAUGCCAACUAAUUUCAUGCCCCCAAAGAUCCCCAAGUACGAGGGAAAAGGGGAUCCGGAGAAGCACCUCACAAAGUAUAUGACGCAAAUGAGUCUUAGGGGAGCCUCACCUGCUCUAAAGUGCAGAGCCUUCCAUUUAACACUAGGCAGAGCCGCCGAGGUCACUGACAGGGAAGCCCUUUCGGCCCUGAAAGGGCAUACCAUAGCUCCCACAUCCGGACAGGCCCUAGCUUCCGCCACAUUGAACGCAGUGCCGGUGUUGGCAUAUGAUAGCGCACCCACUGAGGCAGCACCAUCCGGAAGAACUGACAACAACAACAACAAGAAGAAGAGGCCAAACAGGCCCUUGCCAGGAGCAAGAUUUUGUACUUUCCAUCAACUAUAUGGACAUGACACCAGUGAGUGUCGGGAUGUCAACCGGCGCCCUGAUCGAAGCAACCCCCUCACUUCCAGUAGAAAUGAGCACCCCCGCAGAUCCACCUCCCCGAGGAGGGAAGGAAGGGGUCACCAGGAACAACCUCCUAGCAGAAGAGAAUCAAGAAACCGAGGCCAAUCCAGGAAAGAGAACCAAGCUCAAUUCGCUGGAAGCCAGGUCGGCUUAUCAUGGGGUGUUGGGCAGACCGGCUCUAAAAGAUCUUUGGGCUGUGACGUCCAUUUACUAUCUGUGCAUGAAAUUCCCAACCGAACGUGGGAUUGCAACGGUUCAGGGGAUCAGAUGAGCUCCAGGGCAUGCUACCUGAACUCACUACGCAAAUCGGAGCCCCAGACUGUCAAUGUAAUUCAAGCAGAAGUAGCCGCUGAAGCCGGUACGGACGUGGAGAUGCUCGACGCCCCUGAACAAGGGCAUACCUCUGGACAAGAGGAAGAUGUCAUAAUGGAAGAGGCCCCUGAACAAGGACACCCUCUUGACGAGUUAGAUCCCCGAAUAAUUGAUUAUGAACCAAAUGCGACCCCAAUGGAAGAACUGGAAACUUUUCCAGUCAAUCCAGAAGACCCCAAUCAAGUCUUGCGCAUAGGGAAGUCAUUAUCGCCUGAAGCAAAAAUUGAGAUGAUACGAUUCCUGAAAGAAAACCUAGAUGUCUUCGCAUGGAAACAUGAGGAUAUGGUGGGGAUAGAUCCCAGGAUCAAUUGCCAUCACCUUAACAUCAACCCCUCCUAUGCCCCCCAUAGACAGAAGAGGCGCGCGCUGAAUCCAGAACGGUACGAGGCGCUGAAAGACGAAGUAAGUAAACUCGAUCGCAGUGGUUUCAUCAGAGAGGCCAUAUACCCAAGGUGGAUAUCCAACCCGGUUCUAGUGAAAAAGUCCAGCGGGAAAUGGAGGGUCUGUGUGGACUUCACAAACCUGAAUAAGGCAUGCCCCAAGGACAGCUUCCCACUUCCAAGAAUUGAUCAACUGGUCAACUCCACUGCUGGGCAUGAACUACUUAGUUUCAUGGAUGCGUACUCAGGGUACAACCAAAUACCCAUGUUCCGACCUGAUGAGGAAGCUACAUCAUUCAUCACGGACAGAGGGCUGUAUUGCUACAAAGUCAUGCCCUUCGGAUUGAAAAAUGCCGGGGCCACAUAUCAGAGGUUAGUUAACAUGAUGUUUGCCGAACUCAUUUGCAAAACCAUGGAGGUCUACGUGGACGACAUGUUGGUCAAAAGCCUCCAGGCGGCCGAACACGUGAGUCACAUUGACCAAACCUUCCAGAUACUCAGAAGGUAUAACAUGAAGUUGAAUCCCCUCAAGUGCACUUUCGGAGUGGCAUCGGGCCAGUUCUUGGGAUACAUUGUAAAUCAGAGAGGAAUUGAGGCAAACCCAGCAAAGGUGGCGGCUAUAAUAGAAAUGAGUUCACCUCAGAAACCAAAGGAGGUCCAAAGUCUCAAUGGCCGGAUAGCCGCCCUCAGCCGCUUCAUAUCCAGAGCCACUGAUAAAAGCUUGCCUUUCUUCAAAGUAUUGAAGCAAGGAAAGAAAUUUCAGUGGACUUCGGAGUGCCAAGAGGCCUUCGAGUCUCUGAAGAAACACCUCGGUGAAUUGCCCCUCCUAUCAAAACCCCAUCCGGAUGAAUCUCUGUUGCUGUAUCUAGCAGUGUCAGACGUAGCAGUCAGCGCGGUCCUAACCAGGGAAGAAAAUGAGCGUCAAUUGCCGGUAUAUUACAUCAGCAAAGCACUUCUCCCAGCUGAAACACGCUACUCCGACAUGGAAAAACUGGCACUCGCACUUAUUAUAGUUUCGAGAAAGCUGAGGCCAUAUUUCCAAGCUCACUCAAUUCAAGUCCUCACCAAUUUCCCUUUAAGGCAAGUAAUGCAGAAGACGGACGCGUCAGGACGCCUACUGAAAUGGGCUAUCGAGCUCAGCGAGUUCGAUCUCACGUUCCGACCUAGACACGCUAUCAAGGGCCAGGCCCUUGCCGAUUUUAUGGUCGAAUUUACCAAAGCCCCAGAAAUGGAGGCCCUGAUGGAGCCAGCCGAGCCCCCCGCAUGGAAAUUGUUUGUAGAUGGGUCUUCAGGAGAGGCAGGCGCAGGGGCGAGAAUCGUGCUGGAAAGCCCGGAAGGUCAUUUGUUGAAAGCUCGGAAGGUCAUUUGUUGA